CCUGCCUGAGCAGGGGGUUGGACUAGAUGACCUCCAAGUCCCUCCCAACUAUUAUUGUUGUUGUUAUUAUUAUUAUUAUUGAUUUCAUUUAAUUAAGACAGAAUGUAUUACACAUGUCUUAAGAUUUGUUUUUAAAUUAAUUUCUGAGUGACUUGAUUCAUCAAAGAGCUAUUCUAUAUAAUUUCACAGGCAUUAUAUCAAAAGCAAUAUAUUGCAUCUUCAGUCGAAUUUUCAUGGCAUAAAUAAAUCAUCUGGAUAUUAAUAAUAACUGAUGACAUUUGGUGUAAUAGCAGUUGUGAGCGGGUAUUCCAAUUUGUCAUACUGAAUUUGAGAUGGUUUGGCAUAUUUGAAAUGCCUCUAUGCUCAAACAGCCAAUGAGAUACAUCUGAGUUAUUUAUAGAAUAACUAACGGAUUUUAAGGUAUGGUUUCAGUUUGCAGAGAUUAGACAGAAUUGUCUCUUCAAAGAACCAACUUCUGAUCGGCAGCUUAUAUUAUUUUUACUGACCAAAGAAAACUUGAAGCAUUCUUCCUUUUGAGAUGAAGAUAGCUGAGAAACAGAUUAGUUUGCCGGCUAAACUCAUCAAUGGAGGAGCUGCUGGGAUCAUAGGUGUUACUUGUGUAUUUCCAAUUGACUUGGUUAAAACUAGGCUACAGAAUCAAAGAAGUGGACAACAAGUCUACAAAAACAUGUUGGAUUGUCUAAUGAAAACUUUACGUUCAGAAGGCUAUUUUGGCAUGUAUAGAGGUGCAGCAGUGAACCUGACCCUUGUAACACCUGAGAAGGCUAUCAAACUGGCUGCUAAUGACUAUUUUAGACACCUUCUUACCAAGGAAGGGUUAGCUCUUUCUUUAUCCAAAGAGAUGCUAGCAGGCUGUGGUGCUGGAGUUUGUCAGGUCAUUAUUACCACUCCUAUGGAGAUGCUAAAAAUCCAGCUGCAGGAUGCAGGGAGACUAGCAUCUCAGCAAAUUGUUAGCCAAGUUUCUUGUUCCACCUCUGGAUGCAAUCUUGUAAAAGUCAACCCUAUCCUGACUAGAGCAUACAAUGUAGGACCUGUGGUUAUCUCAAGGAAGAUAUCUGCCACCCAAAUAGCAACGGAGCUUCUACAAACUCAUGGCAUCAAAGGGCUCUAUAAGGGUCUUGGAGCCACUUUAUUGAGGGAUGUUCCAUUCUCUGUCAUCUAUUUCCCACUGUUUGCCCAUUUGAAUAGAGCAGGACAAAAUUCCUUGGGGCAUAGAACAAGCUUCUUUCACUCUUUUCUUGCUGGGUGCAUAGCUGGCUCAGUGGCAGCUGUAUCUGUGAACCCCUGUGAUGUAAUAAAAACUCGUCUUCAGUCAAUGGGCAAAGGAAGAAAUGAGGAGAAUUACAGUGGAAUUAUAGAUUGUGCAAGGAAGAUUUGGAUAAAAGAAGGUCCUUCAACUUUUCUAAAGGGGGCUAGUUGCAGAGCUCUUGUCAUUGCACCUCUCUUUGGUAUAGCUCAAGUGGUUUAUUUCAUUGGGCUUGGAGAAUUUCUUAUAAAUCUAUGCCAGAAUGGAAGAUGAUCCCCAUAGACUUUCAUUCAUAGAACCUCCUGGAAUAUAAUCACAAGAACCACCAGUCAAGAAACAAUAGCAGCUCACUCUAUUGACAAUUGUUUUUUUCUGUUAUUAAGCAUGAAAAAGACAAAGCCAUUAUAAAGAUACCAGUCAUAAAACACCAUGUAAGAUAGCGGUAUGUCUGAGUUUAGGAAACAAGAAUUCCAAGAGUGGAAUGAGAAUAACUACCAUAUUUUUCUGUCUAUAAGACGCACCCUUGUAUAAGACACUCUGGCAUGUUUCUCCACACCAAUCAGCUGUUCAGCGGAGUGCCAAAUAGCUGAGCUGGCAAAUCCGGAGGUUCGGCCAGCUGAUGAUCUUUCCGCCUCUCCCCUCCCAUUAGUGGCAAGCCCAGAAGGGCUUGACACCUGCACCAGGCGGCAUGGCAACCCACACAGGCAUGCCCUAGGCCAGUGGUGGCGAACCUAUGGAAUGGGUGCCAGAGGCGGCACUCAG